UUGACACCGGAAGUCUCCUCACAUCCGGUGUGUAGCUGGACUAAAGUAACCGCUGGAUGAUGGAUGUAACGAUCAGUGGAUAUCAUGCUGCUAGCUAGUCAGGAGCUUCUACCUCCACCUGUGUGUCGUGUGAGAGCAGUGAUGGAGCGGUUAUAGGUGUUGGUGGAAAUGAUCUCCUCAACAGUCUGACCCUGAAGAGAAACAACUCAGUCAGCCAGCCCAGGGCAGCAGAUGGAGAAUGGAGACCUGGGGCACAUGAUGGGAGAGCCAAUGACUGUGAAUGUUGGCGGCUGUGAGUACAGCACGUCUCUGUCCACGCUGCAGCGCUACCCAGACUCCAUGUUGGGAGCCAUGUUCGGAGGAGACCUCCCCACCGCCAGGGACGCACGCGGAAACUACUUCAUUGACCGCGACGGCCCGCUGUUUCGCUACAUCCUCAACUUCCUGCGGACGUCAGAGCUGACACUGCCAUGCGACUUCAAGGAGGCUGAGCUGCUCAGGAAGGAGGCUGACUUCUAUCAGAUCGAACCCCUGAUUCAGUGCCUGGGAGACCCCAAACCCCUUCUGCCCUACCCCACUGACACCUACGAAGAGGUGGUCGAGCUGUCCAGCACCAGGAAGCUGUCCAAGUACUCCAACCCUGUCGCAGUCAUCAUAACCCAGCUCACCAUCACCACCAAGGUCCAUGCAAUGUUGGAGUCCAUCUCCAGCAGUUUCACAAAGUGGAACAAACACAUGAUGGACACCAAAGACUACCAGGUGUCCUUCACCUUCGGACCAUGUGACCACCAACAGGAAGUCGGUCUGCGUGUCCACCUGCUCGACUUCAUCUCCAAAGCUGGUUUCACAAUACGCAACACACGUGUUCACCACAUGAGCGAACGGGCCAAUGAGAACACAGUGGAACAUCACUGGACGUUCUGUCGACGAACUCGCAAAUUUGACAACUGAUGGAUGAACUGAUGGAUGGACUUACUGACAGACGAGAUGACUUCAGGGUGUCAACAAACAGACAGAGACUUGUUGGUGGUGGCUUUGUUGUUAUGUGUUAGUAUUUUGAAUUACGUGUGUUGUUUUUUAAUCAUAAUGAUGUCAUGUUUUUGGAAAGUUAGGUCAUUUUUUGGAAAGUUAGGUUAUUUUUGACUAGCUGAUUUUUCCCUCAGCACAAAGUGAGGUUACUGGAAGGCUAGCCCAUUAGCCACAUGUGGUACAUUAUCAUGAGAUAUUUUGGAAUCACAUGUUGAACUAUCACAUAGCUGCAAUGUUCGAGUAAAAGUCCACAUACGUUUGGCCACAUUGUGUAUGAUAGCUACAUACUGUAUAUCUGGCAUAUCAGCAGUACCACAAAUCUGUUGUACAUCAAUGAUUAGGAAUUCAUAUUAGUUGCAAAUAAAACAAUCUGGAAAAAAA